AUGGCGCCCCAGCGGAGGGGCGCGCCCAAGGCCCCUGAAGGCAGCAGCGGGGCGGUGGAGCGGCGGCGGCGGCCGAGCAGGUGCACCAGGAAGGGCCGGCCCCAGCAGGAGGCCCUGAGGAGAGGGCUGAAGACUGCUGUGCUGGGGACCUGCGCCCUGCUGGCUGCAUUCCUGCUCUGGAGCCACAUGGGGGGCGACGACGGUGUUACUGACGUCCUGGCCCACCGCGGUGAGGUCCUGCGGGGCAGGUUCAUAGAGGUGCCCUGCUCCGAGGACUAUGACAGCCACCGCAGGUUCGAAGGAUGCACUCCCAGGAAGUGUGGCCGGGGUGUCUCGGACUUGGUCAUCACCAGGGAGGAGGCGGCGAGGGUUCGCAGCAUAGCCGAGAAGGGUUUGGCACUGGGAGGAUCGGACGGCGGGGCCUCCAUUCUGGACCUGCACUCUGGGGCUCUGUCUGUGGGGAAGCACUUCGUGAACCUGUACAGGUACUUUGGGGAUAGAAUACAAACAGUCUUCUCGGAAGAGGACUUCCAGCUGUACCGACUCAGGCAACACAUGCAAUGACACCGAAUGCAG